AUGGACCAAACACCCAUCAUCUGUGACUACGGUUCUGGCUUCAGCAAGGUGGGCUUUGCAGGAACCGAGGCCCCUCUGUCUGUCUUCCCCACCAUCAUCGGGAAACUGAAACAUAACGGGCUGUCCAGUUCUGCCCAUGUUUUUCAGAACCUGCUGGUGGGGACGGAAGAAGAAGACUGUUUCAUUGGAGCUGAGGCCCAAAAUAAUCUGGUACAGCUGAACCUGAACCACCCCAUCACCCGGGGAGCCAUCGCCAACUGGGACAAUGUGGAGAAGAUUUGGCAUCACUCCUUCUACCAGGCCCUCCACAUCUCCCCCGAGCAGCACCCUGUAAUGAUAACAGAGCCACCGUUAAACAGCAAGGAUGUUAAAUCAAGAAUGACACAGAUCCUCUUUGAAACCUUCAACGUCCCCGCCCUGUACAUGGCUAACCAAGGGGUCCUCUCCAUGUACGCUGCUGGCAGAACCUCUGGGACAACUAUUGAAUCUGGAGAAGGGAUGACAUACAUCGUGCCUAUUAUGAAUGGCUAUCCUUUGCAACUGUCGACCACCAAGCUGGAUGUAGCUGGCCAAGACCUGACUUCGUAUCUCCUGAAACUGCUUUCAGACAGUGGGAACUUGUUAGUGGGUGCAGCUGACCGUGAGUACAUCCGGGACCUGAAAGAGAAACACUGCUAUGUGGCACUGGACUAUGACAUGGAAAUAUCAAAAACCGCAACACCCUCCCACCAGAAAAAGUUCCAGUUGCCUGAUGGCAAGGAGGUCAACAUGGGGCAGGAGGCUUUCAUGUGCUCAGAGGCACUCUUCAACACCAGCCUCAUUGGGAAAAGCAACCUGGGGAUCCACAUUCAGGCCCAGGAGAGCAUCACAUCCUGCGACCGCUCCUAUUGGAAGACUCUUUUUAGUCAUAUCAUGGUGUCUGGUGGCACCGGUGCCUCCUCAGGUCUACGACUCCGGCUGCAGAGAGAGAUAACAAAUCUGACCUCUCCAGACCUCUGUGUGAAGGUGGCCAUCUCUCCAUAUGCCAAGUAUGGUGCCUGGGUAGGUGCCUCCAUCUUGUGCUCUCUCCCUAUGUUCAAGGACAUGUGGGUCACAAGUCAGGAAUAUAGGGAAAUUGGCCCUUCCGUCAUGUGUAGAAGAAACCUCUGACUGGUGGCUUUCAGGUUCCAUCACCCGGGCCAACAUCACCAUGCCCAUGCUGAGCCUCAGCCUAACUGAGCAGGCCACAGUUAGAACAAGCUUACAGCAAGGCCCCUUUUCUCCUGGAAGACAGUAAAAGUGUGUAACAGGACUGAUUCUGCCUGGUGUCUGGGUGGCCCCUGUAGCAUUCCAGUAUAACAGGUGCUGAUUCUUCCUGUGUGUUGGUCAAGAUAACUCAGUGAUGCUGCAUAACAAGCAUCCCCAGCUCCCAGUGGCACAAAGUGAUUUGCCUAUCACCCUGCUGCCUGCAUCCUGAAGUAGGGGUGAUUACCCUCACUUGAGACCUUCUGGUAAAGCAGAUACCAUCUUUAGCAUUCACUCACUGUGAGUUUCUUAGUUCAUUUUCUGUUGCUAUAACAAAAUAUCCUAUACCUGAUAAUUCAUAAAGAACAGAGGUUUAUUUAGGGCACAGGUUCAGGAAUAUGACACCAGCCUCUUUGAGGGUCUUGUGCCUCAUUAAAAUACAGUGUGGAACACUGUGGACUGAAAUAGCAUCAUGCAAGUUUAAGUCUCUUCCUCUUCUUAUCAAGCCAUUAAUGCCAUCAAGAGGCCCCAUCCUUAUGACU